UCACCACAUAUGACAACGGCUCGCCAUUACACUUGCCACCCGAGUCUGUUGGAUGUAUGUUAAGCAGGAAUUCAAACAAAUGUUGGGGAUAUACAAAACUAUAGCCGUCUUUCUCGGUACACUGUCGUCGUUGCAUGCUGCAAGUACAGACAGAUGUUUCGAGGAUAUCACACUUACUGGGGAUCCAGUAAACAUAACAUCUCCAGGAUAUCCUAAACCUUAUGGCGCAAACUUGACUUGUGGAUGGAAGAUACACACAUCGUCACCUGACCGUCGCGUUGGCAUUCACAUUGCGUACUUUUCCUUGGAACCGUCCGUAAAUUGCAAAUAUGACAAUCUGUCUUUCUACGAUGGACCAGAGAAAUCCAAUGUAUCCAUGUUCACAUUUUGUGGCAAAGAAUCAACCCCCAGCAGCUUCCUCAGCACCAGAGAUAGCAUGUACAUAGAGUUUAUCUCUGAUUCUUUCGUGAAUGCUGCAGGGUUUCGCAUCAACGUUAUGGAUAUUGAAAAAUGCGGCGGAACGUUGACAGCAACAUCACAACAACAACACCUCAAUUCCCCGGGGUAUCCUUACACCUACUUCAAGUAA